ACACACACACACACACACACACACACACAGGCUCUCUUUGGAGAAGCGCCGCGAGAGAGCGCUGCAGUCGCUGCGUCACCGAGGACACGUAGCGGGACGGACGCUCUUGAGUCUGACCGGAGGAGACCGACCGGGUUAGCGGGGACAGACAGAGGCAGCAGGACCACCCUCACCCAACACCGACACCCACUGCACACAGACGGCCCCGGACUAUUGAUUCCUGCACAGUGUUGACACAGAAGACCAAAUAUAGAGAUGGUGUUCCGAGGCACAAUAACCGAUGCUGCAGACUUUGAUCCCAGCGCGGAUGCUGAGGCCCUUUACAAUGCUAUGAAAGGCUUUGGUAGUGACAAAGAGGCCAUCUUGGACCUGGUCACCUCAAGAAGCAAUGCACAGAGGCAGGACGUUAUUGCAGCAUACAAGAGCAACUUUGGAAAGGACCUGAUUGAUGAUCUGAAAUACGAGCUGACAGGCAAGUUUGAGCGUCUCAUCGUCUGUCUGAUGAGAGCUCCGGCCUACCACGAUGCCAAAGAAAUCCACGAUGCAAUAAAAGGCGCAGGAACAAAUGAGAAGUGCCUGAUUGAAGUUCUGGCCUCUAGAAACAACAGACAGAUACAUGAGAUGGUUGCGGCAUACAAGGACGCCUAUGGCAGAGACAUGGAGGAGGACAUAAUCAUGGACACUUCGGGCCACUUUAAGAAGAUGCUGGUUGUUUUACUUCAGGGGACCAGAGAUGAGUCAGGAGUGGUGGACGCAGACUUGGUGGAGCAGGAUGCGCAAGACCUGUUUGCAGCAGGAGAAGAGCAGUGGGGGACGGACGAGGCCAAAUUCAUCAUGAUCCUGGGAAACCGCAGUAUGACCCACCUCCACAUGGUUUUUGACGCAUACGAGAAGAUUGCAGAGACGUCCAUCGAGGACAGCAUAAAGAACGAGCUGUCCGGAGACUUUGAGCGGCUGAUGCUCGCCGUCGUGCAGGGCAUAAGGAGCCUCCCCAUGUUCUUUGCCAAGCGCCUUUACAAGUCAAUGAAGGGUCUCGGUACAGCGGACGACACCCUGAUCAGGAUCAUGAUUUGUCGCUCUGAAAUAGACAUGUUGGACAUCCGAGAGUGUUUCCGCCUCAUAUACGAGAAGUCGCUUUAUAACAUGAUUAAGGAUGACACAUCUGGGGAUUACAAGAGGACCCUGCUUAAUCUGUGUGGAGGAGAUGACGACUUAGCUGGAGAGUUCUUCCCUGAAGCUGCUCAGAUAGCCUACAAGAUGUGGGAAUUAAGUGCCAUGACCAAAGUCCAGCUCAGGCCAACAGUCCGCCCUGCAUCCAGUUUUGACCCUGCUGCUGAUGCACAAGCACUGAGGAAAGCUAUGAAGGGAUUCGGUACAGAUGAAGAUGCGAUCAUUGACAUUGUUGCACAGAGAAGCAAUGCCCAGAGGCAAGAGAUCCGACAGGCGUUCAAAUCCCUACUGGGAAGGGAUCUGAUGAAGGACCUGAAGUCUGAACUGUCCAAGAACUUAGAGAGGCUGAUCAUCGGGCUCAUGCUGACCCCGGCAGAGUUUGAUGCCAAAAUGAUGCAGAAAGCAAUAGAGGGGGCUGGGACAGAUGAACACGCUCUCAUCGAGAUCCUGGUCACCAGGAGCAACGAGGAAAUACUUGCCAUGAACGCUGCCUAUCAGGAUGCCUAUAAGAAGUCUCUGGAGGAAGCCAUUGAGUCGGACACAUCAGGCCUCUUCUGCCGCAUCCUUGUUUCUCUCGUACAGGGCGCAAGAGAGGAGUGUCCUGAAGAUUUGGAAAGAGCCAAUGCAGAUGCUCAGGAACUGGCCGAAGCAUGCAAUGCCGACUCUGAUGACAUGGAGGUGAAGUUCAUGAGUAUUCUGUGCACCAGGAGCUUCCCACAUCUCAGGAAAGUAAUGCAGGAGUUUGUCAGAUACACCAAUAAGGACAUUGAGCAAACUAUCAAAAAAGAUAUGUCCGGGGAUGUGAAAAAUGCCUUUUAUGCAAUAGUUCGCAGUGUCAAGAACAAGCCCUCUUAUUUCGCAGACCGCUUGUACAAAGCCAUGAAGGGCCUGGGCACAGACGACAGAGCCCUGAUUCGCAUCAUGGUGUCCCGCAGCGAGAUCGACCUUUUCAACAUUCGCAAGGAGUUCAAGGAGACGCAUGACGUCUCCCUCCAUGAAUUCAUCCAGGUAGAAUCUAUGAUCGGUGACACUUCAGGAGACUACCGUAAAACGCUGUUGAUGCUCUGUGGAGGGGAAGAUUAAACUCGUCACGUCCCUGCAGCCUCGUUCACAGACUUCGAUGACAAACCAUGAGACGGAGAGUGAUCACUCAGUGAAACUGUGGUGGUAAGCGUCAGCACCUAUUGUUCCUAACUGCUGCCACUCCUCAGCCAAACCAAGUGGCCUAUGACCUCCCAGCCUCCCAUUGCAAGUUUCCUGCUCCCAUGUUUGAUCGUCCCGCCCGUCCGGAUGCUAUCUUUCUUUUUUACACAGCCCCAUGUAACUUUAGCACAGAAAGGAGCUUCACAUGUCCAUCCUAUUUGAGACUAGUUGGAACACAAGCAGUGCCUUUAGAGUGUUGGCCAUCUAAUGAAUACUGUGAUUUUAAGGUAUCAGAUAAAUAAACUAAAUCUAAAAAUG